GACAAUAAGAGUGUUGUUAGUGCGCGUUAGUGUGUUUUGUGAAUCACUUAUAAAAUGCACGUAAAAGUGCCUGAGGUCAAAAGGUGCUGUUGCUGUUUACCACUCCGCUAUGGGAUUGUGGUAUUUGGACUUAUUAAUGUUCUGCUCUCCCUGCUAGCUGUAGCGUGCCUCGUGGUGGCGACCGAGGUGAAGCGCUCCACGUUGACUGACGGCUCCUCGCUGGAAGUCAUUACGGCGACCGUGCUGUACAGCAUACUGGGAAUGGGCGUCAUACUCAACAUUCUACUGCUGGUUGGAGGGAGUCAGAAAGAUAUAUCAAUGUUGCGUCUCUACAACUAUUACGCGGUGCUGACUAUCGUGGCCGCGCUUGUGCCUUUGAUUGUCUUGCUGUCCCGAAGACAGUAUGCGGACGUUUGUGCUGGACUGACGGCUGUAGUUACGCAGAUGUACGUCAGCAUUCUAGUAAGGAGUGAAGUCGUGAAGCUUGAGAGGAAACUUCUGGACCCCCAGCAAGUGUCUGCCAACUCCGAAGUAAUUGAUACACCAGAUACAGAUACGUUAUUGUGAUAUUUCUAUGAAUUAUUUUAAUAAAUAAUUUAUCUUAGUA